UCAUUCCGGAAGUUCCGGUGCUUUAGCGGGGGAUAAACAGGAAUGGCGGAGGCAGCGGCGGCGCCUGCACCCUUCACACCGGCAGUAGCCAAGUCCCCGCUGCCCGCGUUCCAGGAUAAUCCCCCCACGGGAGGCUGGACCCGGCAGGUCACCUGCAGAUAUUUCAUGCACGGCGUCUGCAAGGAAGGAAAUAACUGUCGUUACUCCCAUGAUCUUACCAACAUCCAGUCUACCAUGAUUUGCAGAUAUUACCAACGAGGUUGUUGUGCGUACGGAGAUCUCUGCAGGUUUGAACACACAAAACCACUAAAGCAAGAACUCAUUGGGGAUUCCUCAACUGCUAAGAUCUCUCAGAGCGAGUCCAUUCCGGAACCAAGUGACAAUAUUAACAGUAAGGCAGCUAUUGACCCAGCAGCCGGGAGCUCAAAGGCUGAAGAUUGGGUGAAUGCCGUGGAAUUUGUGCCGGGACAAGUCUACCUAGGACGUGCACAAUCUGGCCCAGAACCUGUCACUCAGGGAACUGAAAAUCAAGUAGAAUGCGAAGAACAACCUGCUGACCCCAAGCUCAAGAAACAACUUUGUCCGUAUGCCGCUGUUGGAGAGUGCCGAUAUGGACAAAACUGCGUUUACCUGCACGGUGACCCUUGUGACAUGUGUGGGCUGCAGGUGCUCCAUCCUGUGGACACCUCUCAGAGGUCCCAGCACAUAAAAUCUUGCAUUGAGGCUCAUGAAAAGGAUAUGGAGCUCUCUUUUGCCAUUCAACGCAGCAAAGACAUAGUUUGCGGGGUCUGUAUGGAGGUGGUUUAUGAGAAGGUAAACCCAAGCGAGCGACGUUUUGGGAUUCUGUCCAAUUGCAACCAUGCCUAUUGCCUGAAAUGCAUCCGCAAGUGGAGAAGUGCCAAGCAUUUCGAAAGCAAGAUAAUAAAAUCCUGUCCAGAGUGUCGUAUCACAUCAAACUUUGUCAUUCCAAGUGAGUACUGGGUGGAAGAGAAGGAAGAAAAGCACAAACUUAUUCAGAAGUACAAGGAGGCUAUGAGCAACAAAUCAUGCAGGUAUUUUGAUGAAGGCCGUGGGAGCUGCCCGUUUGGUGGCAAUUGUUUUUAUAAACACGCAUACCCAGACGGCCGAAUUGAAGAACCACAGCCUCGACAAAAAGGUGGAAUGUCCAGCAGAUACCGGGCCCAACGUAGGAACAGAUUCUGGGACUUUGAGGAUCGAGACUCCAGUGAUCCUUUUGAUAACGAUGAAGAUGAAAUGGUGACCUUUGAACUUGGUGAGAUGUUGCUUAUGCUGUUGGCAGCAGGCACAGAAGAAGAUCUGACAGACUCAGAGGAUGAGUGGGACUUGUUCCAUGAGGAACUGGAUGACUUUUGUGACCUGGACCUAUAGCGCCCGUCAAAGGAGUAUGGACUGUCUGGGCAGCUUCAGACAGUAGCUAUUUCCUGUGGUGUUGUGGCAGUGCCUGUGUUUCUCCUAGGCAGGCCUAUCAAUUCCAGGUGCUGUUGUAAUGAUUUUUAUCCUGACCUCUGUCUAUUUUCCCUAUUCCCAGAGUGUUUGUUCUCUGUUUCAAGAUUAAAAAAAAAAAAAAAGCAAAAACAAAUCGUAAAAAAAUAAAGUAAAAACAGAAAAUAAAGUAACUCACAUAAUA